UUGGUCGUACGGAUCGGAUAUUAAUCGGAACAAAUGGGCUGCUACCUAUUUUACCCAAGCCAAGGGGUUUAUAUUGUCAAACCCUAAUUGCUAAAGCCUCGCGUUUUGUAGGUACAUAUUUCGGAACCCUAAUUGCCAGAACCUCCCAUUUUCUGAAGAUUAAGGUGGUUUUGAGCGCGUAUUGUGUAUAGCUGAAGAUGUAUCUCCAAUUUUACAUCAACGAUAACGGUGACAAAGUUUACACUACCAAGAAGGAGUCACCUGUAGGUUUGGCAACGGAAUCAGCUCAUCCUGCCCGAUUCUCUCCCGAUGAUAAAUACUCAAGGCAGAGAAUUCUUCUGAAGAAGCGCUUUGGUCUGCUUCCAACCCAACACCCGCCUCCAAAGUACUGAAUUUGCUAGCAUGCCUGUCUUGAGCUAAGGAUAUGAUCUAUCCCCUGUUUCAGACAUGGUAAAUACUCAGAAUUCUACAUGGACAUCUCAAGAUAUGUGUAGGCUGUAAUAGUUCAUGACUGAAUUAUCGUUUGUGGGUUCGUGAUCCUGUAAUAUUGCCUUCUAGUUAUCCCAUUUCCUUGGAAUAUUCAUCUUCUUUCUGCUGGUCAUUGGAAUUCUAUUUGAAGCUCUGCUUAAAGUUCCGUUGUGUUAUGAAAUUGGGUUUUAGCUUUCA